GAUUUAUUAAUUCUAUUUAUUUAUCUGAUUUUAUUCACCUAGUCCAUGUAUGAUCACUAAUACAUGUGUUUAUGUGAUUUACUGACAGCUUUGAAGUGUUGACCACGAGAAGAUCGAAAAAUUCAGAAUGAAUUGUCCUUACUCCACAGCUGUGCAGUAUUGCCCCGAGCUCCCCUUUCAUCGGUAUAGAGACCCCUCCUCCCGUUUGUCCUGGACAGAGAGUUCCUUCCUGGCCUCCAUAAUGUCACAGAACCAAUCAGAACAGAGCUCCGACAUCCUCAGUCAGGAUGUGUUCAACCAGCUGCUGGAGAUGCUGGACCAGUCUGCAUUCCACUCGUCGCAGCCCAUAGAGCUGAACUUCUCAGACAGCCCAGCAGACGAAGAUGGACCAUCAGGGAACACCAUUCAGAUCAGCAUGGACUGCAUCACCAUGCAUGAGGGACAGGAUCCACUGUCUUCACAGUAUACCAACCUGGGGCUGCUGAACAGCAUGGAUCAGAACAUCCAAAAUGGCGGCUCUACCUCCACCAGUCCCUACAACAACGACCAUGUCCAGAACAACGUGUCAGCUCCUUCACCCUACGCCCAGCCCAGCUCCACCUUCGACGCCAUGUCCCCCUCCCCGGCUAUCCCCUCCAACACAGACUACGCCGGGACACACACCUUCGACGUCUCCUUCCAGCAGUCCUCCACAGCCAAGUCUGCCACCUGGACGUACUCUACAGAGCUAAAGAAGCUGUACUGUCAGAUCGCCAAGACGUGUCCCAUCCAGAUCAAGGUGCUGACCAACCCCCCGCAGGGCGCCGUCAUCAGAGCCAUGCCCGUUUACAAGAAGGCAGAGCACGUCACCGAGGUGGUCAAACGCUGCCCCAACCACGAGCUCAGCCGCGAGUUCAAUGACGGUCAGAUAGCCCCUCCCAGUCACCUGAUCCGAGUGGAGGGUAACAGCCACUCCCAGUAUCUGGAGGACUCCAUCACGGGCCGUCAGAGUGUGCUGGUCCCCUACGAGCCCCCCCAGGUAGGCACAGAGUUCACCACCAUACUGUAUAACUUCAUGUGCAACUCCAGCUGUGUAGGAGGAAUGAACCGACGCCCUAUCCUCAUCAUCGUCACCCUUGAAGCCAGAGAUGGUCAGGUGCUGGGUCGGCGCUGCUUCGAGGCCAGGAUCUGUGCGUGUCCUGGCCGGGACCGCAAGGCGGACGAGGACAGCAUCCGCAAGCAGCACGUUACUGACGGAACAAAGAGCAGUGAGGGUAUGAAACGCCCCUUCCACCAGGUCUCUCAUGGUAUCCAGAUGUCCUCCAUCAAGAAGAGAAGAUCCACAGACGAGGAAGUGUUCUGUCUGCCUAUUAAAGGCCGUGAAAUCUAUGAGAUUUUGGUGAAAAUCAAAGAGUCUCUGGAACUCAUGCAGUUUCUGCCUCAGCACACUGUAGAGUCAUACAGGCAGCAGCAGCAGAACCUCCUGCAGAAACAAUGGGAUCUCUGGGGCGAUGAGAGUAACGGACUGUACCCUCCUCUCCCCUGCCCCAGGAGCGCCAUGGCCCCCCAGCCCCAGUAUGGCUCCAGCUCCCCUCCUCCCCCCCACGGCAAGGUCAACAAGCUCCCCUCCGUCAGCCAGCUCAUCAACCCCCAGCAACGCAACACCCUCACCCCCUCCUCCAUGGCCCAAGGCCUGACUGACAUGACUCCGAUGAUGGGCCACAUGGCUAUGAAUGCUGACAUGUCGGCCCUGAGCCCCGCCCACAUCCUGCAGCCCCAGUUACCCAUGGUGCCCAGCUCCCACUGCACCCCCCCGCCUCCCUACCCCAUGGACAGCAGCAUCUCCAGCUUUCUUCUGCGGCUGGGCUGCGCAGCCUGCCUGGACUGUUUCACAGCACAGGGCCUGACCAACAUCUACCAGAUCGAGAACUAUAACUUGGAGGACCUGUCCCGGCUGAAGAUCCCGCAGGAGUUCCAGCACGUCAUCUGGAAGGGCAUCAUGGAGCACCGGCAGAGCAUGGAGUUCUCCCCUCCUCCCCACAUCCUGCGUACCUCCAGCGGGGCCUCCGCCGUCAGCGUAGGGUCCUCCGAGGCCCGCGGCGAGCGGGUCAUCGACGCCGUGCGCUUCACCCUGCGCCAGACCAUCUCCUUCCCUCCGCGUGACGACUGGUCCGACUUCUCCUUCGACCUGGACUCCCGACGCAACAAGCAGCAGCGCAUCAAGGAGGAGGGGGAAUAGAAACUCUCACACUCUGGAUGGAAUUUCAAUCUAAGGUGCACUGUUGACAAGCGCACUGUACCAAUGACGUUCAGAGAUCGCUUUUACAGUAAACGCUGUGGAUGUCGGCUCAAGUGCACAUUAUCAUUACCAUUACCAUUAUCAUUAAAAGUCGAGUGCGGUACGCUUGUCGGCAAUGGGCCUUGGAUUGAAGCCCUGCCUCUGUCACACACCUGUUGACCAACCACUCUCGUAUCACGGUACAGAACUAGGAAUUCUCUGCUUCAAAGUGCUCUGGGUCCGGUUUCCUCAAAAGCAUCUAAGUUCAUUGUUUUGGAGCAGAACACAAAAACCAUUGUUGGAAGUUGUUUACCGACCAGCCUAAAUACAUCGUCAUAAGACCUGACUUACAUCGCUAGCGGGAAACUGGACCCUGGUCCUUAGUUCAGAUAUCCUAAAUAGCAAAAUACAAUGCAAAUAAAAAUGCACUUAUUUUAUGGUUUUAGAAAAGCCUUCCAUAGCUGCCAGCUAGAGGAUAAGACAAAUUAUGGUUUUAGAAAAGAUACAUUUCAUAAUUUUUCAACAAAAAAAACAACAAAAAAAAUCACAUUUCUUGAGACAAAACUCUUAAAUGCUUUUUGUGAUUUGCUUUGAUAGGUUCUAUAAUCCAUUCUGAUGUUAAAGCAUGAGACCUUUUGGGGGAUUUGUUGUUGUUGUUGGGCCAUGGAAGGUGUAUGGCCAGGAUUCAAUCCAAAGUGCGUUAUGACAGAUGAGACCUUCAAAAUUAGAAAGAAAGAAAAAUGUAUUUAAUGUAGGUGCUUCUGUCUUGCUGUUGACCCACUUAGCAAACAUCUGUAAACUGCUACCAUUUCAUAAAUAAAUUAUAAACGAAUUCACAAAUAUUGCAAAAAAAACAGGAUAUACACUCAGUGGACAGUUUAUUAGGUACACCCAUCUAGUACCGGGUCAGACCCUUUUUGCCUCCAGAACAGCCUGAAUUCUUCAGGAAAUUGAUUGUGUGGUGUUCAAACGUUGCUCAAUUGGAAGAGACCUGAACGUGUGACAGGAAAACAUUCCCCACAGCAUUACACCACCAGCCUGUACUGGGGGGCGAUGAGUUUCUGCCAAAUCCUGACACUGACACCAGCCUGUACUGGGGGGGCGAUGAGUUUCUGCCAAAUCCUGACACUGCCACCAGCCUGUACUGGGGGCGAUGAGUUUCUGCCAAAUCCUGACACUGCCACCAGCCUGUACUGGGGGCGAUGAGUUUCUGCCAAAUCCUGACACUGCCACCAGCCUGUACUGGGGGGCGAUGAGUUUCUGCCAAAUCCUGACACUGCCACCAGCCUGUACUGGGGGCGAUGAGUUUCUGCCAAAUCCUGACACUGCCACCAGCCUGUACUGGGGGGGCGAUGAGUUUCUGCCAAAUCCUGACACUGCCAUGUACCAGGAAUCGGCAUUCGUCGGACCAGGCGAUGUUUCCACUCCUCAAAUUGUCCAGUGUUGUUGCCCACUGGAACCUCGUCCUCUUGUUUUUAUCUGAUUGGAGUAGAACCCGGUGUUGCAAUAGAACCAUCCAAAGACCGAUGAGUUCCGAGAUGCUGCUCUGCACACCACUGUUGUACUGUGUCGUUGAUGGUCUGUUAGCUUGCACGAUUCAAGCCAUUUCUCCUUGGCUUUGGUCCAAAUUAAAACGUUACAUUGUUGUUAGUGGUUAUACUAAAUAAACAAUCCUCUAUAUACACACACGUUGCUUUAGUUUACAUUGUGAACCUAGCAAGUAGUAGUAGCAGCUUCUUGACUUCUUAACUCAUAGUAAAAUAAUCAGUGGUGUGUGUAUAAAGUCGAGGCCACAUGCAACCAAAUGUAACUUCAUUUUUUCGCAUUUCAAUUCACAAGAUCUAAUGAACCGUCAACAAUUGACGCAAAGCAAGCGCACCAUGGGGCAGAGAAUCAGCUUUCAUCGAUUUCAAAGCAUUUCCUCAAAUGCUGAUGCUCAAUGUCGGACACCUGAUAGCCAAGGACCGUUACUAAGGGAAGUUAGUGUUGCUGGCCAAGGACCGUUACUAAGGGAAGUUAGUGUUGCUGGUCAAGGACCGUUACUAAAGGAAGCUAGUGUUGCUAUGGGGCUACCAGCUACAUUAGCUUGUAGGCUAGCGGACUUUUCAUACGUUUUGUGGAAACACAUGUACGACCUCCCGAAAACAUUACUGAAUUGAAUAUGGUGCUUUCCCACCCGCUUACUUUCAAAAUAAAUAUGUAUUUAUCGGUGCUGUUGACCGAUAAUGGUAAACUUCUCAACUGCCAUAGUGCGGCCACCGGAAGUAACCUCACAACUGGCGAGUGGCGGCCUCUAGUGGCCAUAUUGGUACUGCGCUAAAUACAGGCCAAAAAUGACAAAAUACUCAUAUUACACUUCAGCUCAAGUCUAAAUGACCAAGUAGAAUGUGCUGCUCUGUUCUGUACCGCACCUUGGGUUGAAUCCCGGUCUGUUGCUCUAGACGGGACUGUCAUGAUCACCUGCUGUUUUUAGUCCACAACUGUUUUUGCCUGCUGGUCACAAGCCGGUCUUGAUUGUAUACAUUUCAAGAUACAUAUUUUUUACUUUGUGUCAGAGAAAAGUGUGAUUAAUAAUGCUGUUUAAAAGGUUGGAUUGGUUGAUUUCUUUUUUUUUUUAUACCACAAAACAAGUUACUGCCUUGUAUCGUGCCUGUGUUAACCUUCCUGCUUCCAGGAUUUUCAGAAACCUGGGGAUUUAGUCAUCCUUUUGUUUGUUAAACCAUUGUGUUUAUAACUCUUGGAGGAAGUUACUGGAAUAGUUCAAUCGUGUUUAUAACUCUUGGGGAAAUUACUGUAAUUUUGCUACCCUCGUGUUGGUUAAACUAUCGUGUUUAUGACCACCUACUGUAUUUCUACGUGAAUAAGAAUUGCAUUACCACACAAACUUUUAUCAGAAGUAUUUUAACAACUCAACACGCUCAUAGCCCUCGAGGUGAUAACAAUACUGUUACAGAUCAUCUUUGGUAUUGUCCCCCAAAAAAUAGCACCCUACGGUCGAAAGUAUAGGGUGCCAUUUGGGAUAAAUUUCAUUGCCUGCUUGUUCUCGUCGUCUGUAACACGAUGUACAGGCCUUUUUGUAUUUUGUGGGUCUGUUGAACAUUUACUGGGCUACAUUUUUCAGAAACGCUCCUUUUGAUUUGUCUUGCUGGAUUUUUGGAACCACAUUUUGUAAACUGUUGUUGUUGUUGUUGUUACAGAUUAACUUGAUAGAUGGCCCAAACUAUUGAGAUCAUUGUAUAUACAUUUGUAUAGUUAUUUUCUAAAAGCUACAUGCUGUUAUGUAUUUUUGACUAAAAGACAAACAAAAAGGAUUGGACUUAGAAUAGUGCAUGGGUAAAAGCCAUUAUGGUACAAAAGGGGUUCGGGUUAUUUCUAUUCAUUUAAAUGAAUAAAAUCGGGGUCUCAACAAGUCACUGUUCUAACAAGCGGUCUGUGUAGUGUUGCCAUAAACACAGUUUUAUAUAAUUUCAAUAUUAAAAGUGUGAUAACUACUGAAUGAACAUGCUAUGAAUGACCCUAGUAUGUCAUUCUGUUGGUACAUUGAAAGCAGAACCUCGUACUGUAAUCUGCUGUUCCACAAUUUUGUAAAAUGAAUUGUAAAUAAUGUUGCAAUGUUCUUAUUUUGAUAAACAAAAAAAAUAAAUAUCCCAAGUAUAUCAAA